CAGCUCUCCGGCCCGCGUCAGCGGGCUCCCGGCGCGUUCGCUCUCGCUCGCCCUGCUCUUCACUGGUCUCUUAGGGCCCCGACCACUGGCGGGGAGAGCGGUUCGGUGUGCGGUGCGCGCCUCCCGUCCGCUGCUGGGCACCGAGGCGCGGCUGGCGCCUGGGGAGCCUCCCCGGGAAGCAGGCUUCCUUCGGCGGGUCGGCGGGGCCGUCUGCGGCGCGUGUGGGCUUCGCGGCCGCUCUCCCCGCCGGCUGGAGAGUUACAGGUGACUGAAUUUUCAAGCUGCAGAAUGCAUAGCACCUUACAAGGUUGGACAUGAUGAGCACUCUGCAAUUAAAGGAAGCUAAGGUGCUGGAUGUUCAAUUUGUGGGAGAUGAUGAUGUUCUUAAUCACAUUUUUGAUAGAGAAGGAGUAACUAAAUUAAAAAAGGAGAAACCUCAGCUUUUGGUCAAUCCCCAGAAGAUAAUAAAGAAGUCAGAAUGUGAAUUGGAGAAAACUGACCAGGAAGUCUUAAAGGAUCAGGACUACGUGGAAGUUUUGGGAAGAAAUGUUCAAGAAUCCUUGAAAAAUGGCUCGGCUAUAGAUAGUGGGAAGAAAGUUUAUUCUUUUCAACAUAGAAAACACCCUGAAGAGAUGACUAAGUUAGCUUUAGAACUAGCCAAAGCGCCAAGAAAAAUUGUUCCGCUUGACUCAAAGAAUGAUCCUGAAAUGACGAAAAAUGUUGCUCAAAAAAGGAAGGGUUAUUCUACUUCAGAGAAAGUUCAGCUGGAGAAUUGUAAGAAAAAUGAACUUCUGUCAACACAACCUCAAAAUCUAAGAAAAAGACUAGCACCGAAGUCUCAUUGUGACAGUGAAAGUGAAUAUUCGGCUUCCAACUCGGAGGAUGAUGAAGUGAUUGCGAUAGAUGAAGAAGACACUGAAGUGGUGGGGUCCUCUCAGAAGGGUCAAGUUCAGAAUAGACUCCUUCCAGUUCCUGAUUCCAGAGGGACACCAGCUAAGAGAAGGAAAAGAGGCAAGGCAAGUGACUUGGUAGAAGAAUAUUUUGAAGCUCAUAGUAGUUCAAAAGUCUUAACGUCUGAUAGAACACUGCAGAAGCUGAAGAGGACUAAACUGGACCAGAAAACUCUUCGUAACUUACUGAGCAAAUUCUCACCUUCCUUUUCUGCUGAAAUUGAACAGUUAAAUCAACAGCAUGAGAAAAUGUUUCAUAAAUGGAUGCUACAGCUACACCUUGGGUUCAACAUUGUGCUUUAUGGUUUGGGGUCCAAGAGAGAUUUACUAGAAAAGUUUCGAACCACCAUGCUUCAAGAUUCCAUUCAUGUUGUCAUCAACGGCUUCUUUCCUGGGAUCAGUGUGAAAUCAAUCCUGAAUUAUAUAACCGAAGAUGUCCUUGAUUAUAUGGGUACUUUCCAAAGUGUUCUGGAUCAGCGAGACUGGAUAAUAAACAGAUUUAAAAAAGACUCUUCUCUAGAACUCUUCCUUCUUAUCCACAAUUUGGACAGCCAAAUGUUAAGAGGAGAUAACAGCCAGCAAAUUCUUGGACAGUUGUCAUCUUUACAGAACGUGUACCUUAUAGCAUCUAUUGAUCACCUCAAUGCUCCUCUCAUGUGGGAUCAUGCAAAGCAGAGUCUCUAUAAUUGGCUUUGGUAUGAAACUACUACAUACAGUCCUUAUACUGAAGAAACCUCCUAUGAGAACUCCCUUCUGGUCAAACAGUCUGGAUCUCUACCACUGAGUUCUCUGAUUCAUGUCUUACGGAGCCUUACCCCCAAUGCAAGGGGGAUUUUCAGGCUACUUAUAAAGUUCCAGCUGGAUAACCAGGACAGCCCUUCCUACAUCGGACUUUCUUUUCAAGAUUUUUAUCAGCAGUGUCGGGAAGCAUUUCUUGUAAACAGUGAUCUCACACUCCGAGCCCAGUUAACUGAAUUUAGGGACCACAAACUUUUAAGAACAAAGAAGGGAACUGAUGGUGUAGAAUAUUUAUUAAUUCCUGUUGACAGCGGAACAUUGGCAGAUUUCUUGGAGAAGGAAGAGGAGGAGGCUUAGACUGUCUCUGACCCUUGAAUGUUAUGUGGAAGACUCUCUAUACCCCAGCUGCACCCUCUAGUAAGAAUGCUGGUUUACAGCCAACAUUAGGUCAUCUGUCCAGCAUGCAAGAUGUUCUAUUGAUGGGACAAUAACCAAUUUGAACUUUCAUUAGUCUGGCUGGUGUACUGUCUCUAAUACUAUGCAGUCAUUAUUGAGUUGGGGAAAAUGUGCCUUUAAUUUAUUAGCUCUCUGGAGACUUCUUGCUGGAUGAACAGUGUGCUCAGGGAUUAUUUGGAACUGGUUGUUUUGGACUGUUUGAUAAUAGAGGCUAUCCCUAACUUUUAGGGCAAGUUAGCACUACAGAGCUGAAUUACUACAAGUGUACUUGUUUUAGAUCGUCAGAUUACAGAGUAGGGGUCACAGAUCUGAUGAGGAAGGAGGGGGUCCAUCCCCAGCCUUUUUCUGAAAUUAGCAGACUAAGGUGACCCACUCUCUCGUUGUGGACCGAGCUGCACAUACUUAAGACAGGUGAGACUGAGAUGCGGGAUGUAGAGGCACAUGUCCAAUCUAGAAAGCGUAUUUAAAAUGGUGAAUGUCUGUACUAUGACCUUGAAUUUUUGAUACAAAUGAGAAGACAGGCUAGGAAAUAAAAUCUUAAUUUUAGUAAUUGUUUUCAAUUAUUAAAUGAAAAUAAAAAAUGGAUUAUUCUUGUACAUUGACAUUUUUUAUUUUCUUAAAUAGCACACAGGUAUAGCUGGCACACAUCUUUAAUUUCAGCAUUCCGCAGUCAGGGGCGGGCAGGUUGCUUCUCUCCUUUCGAGACAACAGUAUCAAGACAUGAGCUCAUAUUUGUAAUUCCAACACCAAGAAGGCAGAGGCAGGAGAAAAACAUGAGUUCACGGCCUAGACCAGUUAGUGAGUUCUAGACCAGUCGAAGCUACAGUGAUGCCCUGUUUCAAAAGACAACAAACAUUAAUAAAUAAAUACACACUGGUAACAUGAAA